AUGUCAGGCCACAUUGUGUAUCAAGAUGUGCCGCGCACGCGUGAUGAUGACCAUCAACCUCACUCGAAUCUGUUCGCCGGCCAAAGGUUAUGGUUCUCUCACGUCAUCCCUCAGCGGCAGUGCAUGAUCCAAAAUGCUCGACUUAACGGCGCCAUUAUCGUCGACAGAGACACCGAUGCCGAUGUCAGACUGGUAGACCACCUCAAGAAGAACAAUGCGCCAGGAACAUACUCGUACAGAUACGUCGAGCACUCCCUCCGCAAUGGUCGACUUGAGAAUCUCGCCGAUCAUGCUGUCGGAGCUCCUUCAAGGGUCUCGAGACCUGUCGGCAGUACCCUCACGGCCCCCAAGUCGGGAAGGACACCCUUCACGCCGGAGGACGAUCAGUUCCUGUGGGAUUGGAUGAAGCCAUUCAUAGACCGUGGAGGAGCCUGGAAAGGAAAUGAGAUAUACAAGCAGAUGGAAGAGGCGAACCCGAGACAUACAUUCCAGAGCUGGCGCGAUAGAUGGAUAAAACAUACUCAAUUCCAGAAGAGAGAUGUCAGCAAUGCCGUUGUCUCUGGAGAACUUCGUGCGGCCACCCCGCCAACGCAACCCUCGCAUGCGUUACAAAAGAAGAAGCGACGACGAGAAUUGCACGAUGACGGGGAGGCACAAAGAGCCGAACAUGAGGGCGAACAUGAGGGCGAACAAAAUCGAUCCGCAACAGCCAGAGUCGACGGAAUUGCAGACCGAACGCCGUCUAAAGUCGCUGUUCAAUACGUAUCGCCUGCUGGUGAGAAGCCCAAACACCUUGAUGUUUUGCAAAUCGAUGGCAAACAGGUGCAGUCAGCAAGGAAAGCCCAGUCGGCCUCCUAUGGAUCUUUCACCAAAAAAGAAUACGACGAGCUUUACGAGUUGGCUGCGUUGUAUGUCGGUGGGGAGUUCAACGACUUCGACGCGCCGUGGGAGGAAUUGGCCGAGCACCCUGGUGGUACCCGCACGCCUGCGGAAUGGAAGCAUUUCUAUGUCUCAAGAGUUCUCCCUGACUACUGCAAAAACAACAAGUUACCCAUGUCAGAAGUCGCUCCCUAUUUGUCUGGGAAAUCAGAUGAACAAACUACUGGUGCAUCUGAGAUGCUCGACUCUCAGGAAGGAGAUCAAUCGAUAUCGCAUUCAACUGAAACCCAGGAAGAAUAUCAAUGUACGAACUGUUUUACAGUCGAAACUGUCAAAUGGCGACAUGAUAAAGAAGGAAAACUCAUCUGCUAUGAAUGCGCGGAGUUUGUGAGACAACAUGGCCAUCAUAGGCCCUCGGUAACUUGGUCAACUGAAGAAAGCAGUUUGAAUACAGACGAAAACAAACAAUCCAGAACAAAUGCAACAUCACCCCACGUCACAGCUGCUCAGAAAGAUUCUGUUGCACAAAUAAUUCUUACCCCAGACUCCAAUCUCGCAAGCAGUGAAAAGCAGAAGCCUCUGUUUGGUCCGGAAGGCAGUGUUGGCCCUUCCAGGUCUGUUCGCCGAGAGAAUUCUCAGCAGUCUCCGUGCCUCACGUCUCCUUCACUUCGAAUGCAACUUCCGGCCCUAAAUCGCCCACCCGAACCUAACGAGUCGAGGAAGAGGCGUGCUGGAAGGGGUACCCAAUCGGAGUCUACGCAGGAGUCGAACAGAUCCGGCACUCAAAGUCAGACUCUGGACUACAGUCUUGAAGGGGAGAAUCAAAGUCAAACUGCUCCGUCGCAGGGUCUGACAGCAGAAAUGGGAGAAGCCCAGUCGAAGGAGGGCGACGCGCAAAUGCGACUGUCGUCUCAGGCUGAGAAACACACAGCGACAAAGACUGCUUCGGCGUUCCCAGCUUCCCCAAAAGGCAAGCGGAAGCAACAGCAAGAUGGACCCGGAAGCACGAGUGUUCGACAACACCCCUCAAUCGGUACUGAGAAUCUGGUACAUGGUCAAGUACAUACUCGUCCCUUAACAGGCUCAAAAGAAGAUGAUCAGCUCUCGCGUCUUGCCACUCCGUCUAACUCGCGAAAGCCUUCACGCAGCUACCGUGACGAUUCGCCACUCUUUGUGCCGGAACAUGACGACGACGAGGAGCAGCAACAAAAUGAUGAUUCAGAGUUAGGUGUGGAUGCAGAUUUCAGCGGCUUAAAUCCCCCAAACAAGCCUGAGGCAUCUGAAAAGUUCGAAACCGCCCAGGAGUCUAUCCAGGAAUAUGAGACAGGACCAGAAGAACAGCCUCAAUCGCCGGAUGGAACAAUCGCGUCGCAGGCACUGAUCGACCGGCUCAAAGGUAUCAACGACGAGCUUGACUUGGCUUUCGAGCUGCCCGAACCACCAGGGGGACUAGGGGAGAUUGGUAUUGAUCUAUCUGUGAUGCCUAACGACGAAGAUAUCGGUGCGGAGGCAACGAUGUUUGGAGAAGGAGAUCAACCCGUCCAAAGUCCGGAUUACCCGGAAGUCCAGGUCAAGAUAGAAGACCACAACCUUCUCCAUUCUCCUCUCAUGCUCUUUGGUUCCGCUGAUGUGGAACUGGGAUCAUCACCAGGCGCUGGAGACAUGUCCGGUCCCUCUGAAAAUGUCAAGGGCAAAGGGAAAGAAGUUGAAGAACGGACGAUAGCACAAGGACAGAAUGAAUCCUCCUCCGCCGAACCGGAUGGGCACGAGACGGACAAUUGGAUCGCCCUUCAGCGUGACCUACACCCACGUGUCCCGAACCUAAAACCUGUGUUGUUCAAGGCCAUCGAGGCUACCAGCUUCGAUUUCGGACUUGCAAGCGAGGUUGUGGAUAUCAUGCUGGAAAACCGUCGUCAGGCGAUGAACGAGCGGCGAAGGAAGAGCCGCUCCAACGGCGUUGGAAGGUCCGCCGUCCCAGCAGAAGCUGACUUGGAUAUGGAGAGUCUCCUUCCGAAGGCUAUGCGCGGCGUAUGGACUGAGACAGACGACUCGCUCCUCCUAAGCCCGAACGAAAGUGAUGCCAGAAAGGUGUUGAGCAAACAUGGGCGCGAUAUCUGUGAUGCUCGCUUUGUUUUUCUGGAGGAGUUUGUCGAGGGGUGA